AUUUGCAGCUACCUAGCUAAAUGCCGCAAAGUGGUCCGCUCGCUUAUCCACCACGUUAUUGUGUAUUUUUUAUAAUCAUUUUCACAAGAGCUGGCGCUAGAGCGGGCACACACACAUUCCGUGGAAACUAUGACACAAAAGCACAUGGGUUAAUUUAAACAAUUUAAACAACAACUCGCGUCCCGUCAAAAUCAGGCUCCAGUGUAACAUUCUGACCUGCCUAGUUCAGCCCGGACUCGAGACGCCACCAAUUAUAGCGCAGCCAUUGUCCGGCUUUUGCAGACACGAGCCAUGCAGCUAGCUGUAAAAUGUCAGCAAAAGAUCCAAAAACACCCCAGAAAAAUUCCCCAUGCAGUUAGGUCGUCCUGCCAAAGUUGGGGAACUUCCCCAGCUGGUUACUCAACCCCGCUGCGCUGAGCUCCCUCAUCUGGCCAGGGACCUUUUGCUAUCCGGAUAAUGGUAUCGCUUCGACAAAGGGCCCAAUCUCUCUUAAAUAGAGCUGGUUCCCCUCCUCGGCCACUUUCGCUGGCUCUUCUGUACUUGAGUUCUUUCUGUAAUCAGAGCAAUUGACCCUCCUGUUGUUCUCAAGAUGUCUCUCUCUUCCCUUCUUCUCCCCGUCUUGGUGGCUACCUUGGCUGCUGGCUCCCCAUUGGGCCAAUUCGUUACCAAGGACGCCUUGGCUGAUGUCCCGUCCGGGUGGCAGGCGGAGGCUGCCGCCCCUGCGGAUCAUCAGCUGAGCAUUCACAUUCGUCUCAGAGAGCAGAACAUGGACAAGCUCGCCGAGCGAACUCUGCAGGCCAGCGAUCCCACACACGCCAACUACGGCCAGCACUUGUCCAAGGCUGAGGUUGAUGCUCUUACUGCCCCCAGCAAGGAGACCAUUGAUGCUGUUACCCAAUGGCUGAAGUCCCAGGGCGUCGAGGUUGGCGAGGUCAACAGCGGUUACAUCAACCCUACCAUCUCCGUGUCCCAGGCCAAGAAGCUCUUCGAUGCCGACUACAAGGUCUACAAGCACGCCGAGACUGGCCGCUCUACUGUCCGCACGACCAAGUACAGCGUCCCCCGCGCUGUUGCUGAUUCCAUUGCCAUGAUUCAGCCCACCACCCUUUUCUCUGACCUUGGUCUGGGUCAACAGCCCGUUGGCCAGGCCAUCAUCUCCAACCCCCAUGAGAAUGUCGCAAACGCUGCUGCUGCCAGCGCCGACGGCUCCAACGAUGACCCCAAGACCAUUUGCAAUGCCCAGAACAGCACCCUUACCUGCCUCCGCGCCAACUACAACAUCAAGGGCUGGACCCCCAAGCCCGGCACCACGGAGAUGGGCGUCUGCGGCUUCUUGGAGGAGGUUCCCAGCAUGCCUGACCUGAGCAAGUACCUCCAAAGAUUCACAACCAUUCCUCCUUCCACCACCAUGAAGAUUGUCUCCGUAAACGGCGGUGGCCUCGAGGCUUCUGGUCAGGGCGAGGCCAACCUCGACAGUCAAAUCACUGUCCCCGUCACUUACCCAAUGAACAACGUCUUCUACUCUGUUGGCGGCCGCCCUCCUUGGAUCCCCAUUGACGGCGCCACGAACAACACCAACGAGCCUUACCUCGACUGGCUCAAGUACACUAUCGCCAUGGACAAGCCUGCCCAGACCUACUCCAUCUCGUACGGUGAUGAUGAGCGCUCUGUGCCUGCUGACUACAUGGACGCUGUUUGCUCCCAGUUCAUGAAGCUCGGUGCUCGUGGUGUCAGUGUUCUCGUCUCUUCUGGCGACAAUGGUGUUGGCGAUACGAGCGCUUGCAAGAAAGGCACGACCGAGUAUGACCAGUUCCGCCCUUCUUUCCCUGCUACUUGCCCCUGGGUUACCGUCGUCGGCGGUACUAACCACUACGCUGACGAUGAAGAGGCUGAUGUUGAGUCUGGCGGUGGUUUCUCCAACCACUUUGACCAGCCUCAAUACCAGCGCGAUGUUGUCCACACCUACGUUCGUCGCAUUCAAGGCGAGUUCAAGGGUCACUUCAACACCUCUGGCCGUGCUUACCCCGAUGUUUCUGCCUCUUACCGUUACUACCCUGCCUACUUCCACGGCCAGGCUUACCUCUUCCGCGGAACCUCGGCUUCUGCUCCCCUCGUUGCCUCUGUCAUUUCUCUGCUCAACGAUGAGCUCGUUGCCAAGGGCAAGCCUCCUCUGGGUUUCCUCAACCCAUGGUUGUACAAGCGCGGCAACCGUGGUUUCAGAGAUAUCGCCAAGGGCCACAGCAACGGUUGCAAUACCGUCCCUGGCUUCCGUGCUAUUCAGGGCUGGGAUCCCGUCACCGGCUAUGGUGUUCCCAACUAUGAGAAGCUUAGAGGCUUGAUCUACUUGUAAAUAAGUGUAAAAGCGACUACAUUUACAUACGACUUUAUAUAAGAAGAUAAAAACUAUUUUUCAUACACCAUCU